CAUUUUGGGCCGUCAGGGAUACAACUGCGCAUGCUCAAAGUCCCGUAAAACCGCUCGGUGCCUCGAGCUGCGCAGGCUGAUUUAGGGUUACUCGGUGCGCAUGUUCGGGGUCUGCGCUGCGCAUGCUCAGAUUGUGAAACAACGGCCUGUGGCGGUUGAGUGACCCUGUUGGCUCCGGAGAAUCAGAGGCAGAUGUUGAUGUCUAUAUUGAUGGUGGUGGCGGCGACCAUGCGGCUCUGGUCGCUGGUUGGAGCUCAGCCACUGUGCCGUGCUCGCAAAGUGAGGACAGGAAAAGUGUUUAAUGGUGGACAUCAAGUUCAAGGGGAUGUCCUGUAUUUUCCAUCUACAAUGACAUGCCUGAUUAAACAUCCGUGUGAGAAGACCACAGCACUAUAUCUAGGGCGGCAAGUGUUCUUCACAAGAGAUAACUUUGAGAGUAGUCUCCUGCCACUCACCAUACCGACACCAAUGAUGGUUGGCCAGCCAGAAGUGACCUCUGCACAUUUUGCUGGCUCACGGCUUCUGUUAGUAGUGAGUCAGAAAGUCUACAUGUACGAUUACAACGCUGACCUCUGGAACACAUCCGAGGGUAUUCAACACCCUGUUUCACAUAUUUCUGGUGAUAACUGUUGUUUUGCUGGAAAUACCUUUUGCCUGGAGAUAAGCAACUCAGUGUUUGCAUACUUGCACGGAGAGCAGAUAUCUCAAGCCAAUAUCUAUGUCUCAAAUAAUGGAGGAUUCAGUUUUCAAAAGUUUACCUAUGAAAGACAGGCCACGUUGGUUGGAUCCUUAGGGGGAAUCUUCUUCCUUCACUCCUUGUCACAGGUCGGGCUGCUUGUCGUUAAUAACAGGAAGGGCAUGUUCGCCUACUCCGACCACCCCCUCACCCGGAGCCUGGGGCUGGCCUUUGACUACAACGAGACGCUCCAGGCCCUCAUUCCUCCAGGCCAGCGAGGCUUACUGAUCCUCUGGAGCCAGAACAGUCUCCUCUCGUCCCUCAGCGCAGGUCAGAUCGUGGACACCAUCCAGGUGCAGAAAGGAGGCCAGACUUUGCACCCUUCGAUCUUUGGUGCCAAUGUCACUGUCCACAACAUUGCUGUCUAUGAGAAUGGGCUGGCCGUGUUGACCCGGGAGGAUCAUUUGUAUUACGGGCGUCUGGGGAUCCCGUCUGGUUCCAGUUCCAUAAUCAAAUUUCCAGACCAACAAGUUUGGUCCCAGGGGGCGGCCCUGAUGUUCCUGAACCCAGGGAAGCUUCAGAUCCUGACCCCGCUCCCCGAUGCUGCAUCUCCUGCGUACGACUUCCGGAAGUGUGUGGUGAACAUUCAGGCAGUUCUCACGGGCCCUGACCUUCAUGCUGAGAAGUGCAAAAUAGAGCUGAUGUACGGAGCCUUCAAAGGGAAGAUGUACACCUUGGAUAUGAACAGCCAGCUGGAGGUGACGGCCAUCAUGAUCCCCCGGCCGGGCGCCUCCCUCAUUCCCCAGGUGAUGGUGAGCAACCCCUACUCCCUGGGGCUGAAGACCAGCAUCUACGAGUUUGACAACACCUACGCGGGGAACGUCCUGUAUAGGCUGGACAUCAGACUCAAGCAGCAGCACCACUGGGGCUGGUUCGACCCCAACUUCACCUCCAGCAUAAAGAGACCCACCCUGUCUACCCUAACUGUGGACGUAGCCAACAAGGAGAUCUCGUGCAUGGAUCUGCAGCCCCUGACGGCGCUCAUUUCCAUCGGUUGUGACCAGGAAAAGAAGAUCAUUGUGCAAAACAAGAUUUCUGCCUGCUCCUCGGGUGUCCUCGACCCUCGCGUGCUGCAGGACAACUACACCUACGUCAUCGAGAAGGGAUCCUAUAACCGUGGCCCUGGCGAGGAGGCGGCCACAGAGGACCUGCUGGUGUCCUAUCCAUUCAAGGACCUCGGCUGCCCUGGCCUUGUCUACUACGAGACCCCCUGGAAGCCGGUGAUCGAGCUGUGGCAGGGAGAGGAGUUCAAGGCGCUGGUGGAGGCUGAGUUCGUGCUGCGUGAGGUACACGGGCUCAGCACCUUCUCCUACGCACUCACCGCUGAAGCCGCGGGCUGCAGCUCUCAGCCGCAGAACUGGAGCUCGGUGCUGCUGUCUGCGCACGAGGCCGGGCAGGCCACCUGGAGCAGAGAGAACUACGUGAGCUGCCACAGUCCCAGCUCCAACAACCCCCUGAGGUGGCCAGAUGUCCAGUAUCAGAUCCUAGGAGGCCGGACAGACAACAGGAUCAUUUUUAAACAAUGGAACGGGAUUUACAUCUUUCACCUUUCUGUCUUGGAUCCGUACUACAGCUACUGCCACCUGGAGACCACCUUCAGCAUCUACGUGUACGGCGCCUACCCGCUGUCUCUCUUUGCGCCGGGAGUCACCAUUGUCCUGUUGGUGGCCAGCAUGCUGCUGGCCGUGUGGCUGGCCCACAUGAUCCCCCGCCUGCUGUGCACCGCCGGCGGCCACAAGAUCAGGGAGGCCUACAGGGGAUUGUGCCGGAGGUGCAGCAGCCUCUGCCACUGUUGCCGUGGUCUUCGGUGCUGAACGGAGCCCUGGGAAGCCACCCCGAUUCCCCCCACCGGGCUCUCCCUUCAGGCUGGUGCCUUAAAAUAAAAUAUUCGGUAACAAA